UCCGAUGGUAGCCGCCAACCCGUCUCUCAGACACAAACCGACCCCGUGCCACGGAGUUACCGCGCUCUCAGUCCGCCAGUCGCCACCGUCACGACAGUCAACGAUACCCAUCGYCUUAKGAGGAGGAGGUGGAGGAGGGUGAGAAUAAUUAUUGCGUUCCUCUCGUUCGGUGCGUCCUCUCCACUAUACCGUCCACCUACAGCCAGUGAUUUCCCGUCGCACACGUAACGCCGCCGGCAACGUCCAACGGCGCACACAUUUAUCUGGUUACCUUUGGCCGGCACACCAUGGGCAACUCCCAUCUACAACAAUUUCCUAACGAAGGUUUACAAUUGAGAAAUCCACCGAGUCCAAAACUUGUAGUUUCUGGAAACAUGAGUCAACAAAAAACUGCAACUGGUUCUCCAAAGAGCCCAAAGUCCUCUGAUGAUAAUUCAAAAUCUGACAGUGCUUCAUCAAGUCCGUCAAAAUCUGGACGUUCCCCAUCUUCAACUAAAUCAAGCCCAGGAAGUAAUAAAUCCCCUAGUCUUGCUGAACGACUUGCUCAAUCAAAUAAGGCCAAACUUAAUCAAUCAUUGAAGAGCCCAGUGUCAAAAUCAUCACCAACAAGUCCUACUGCUUUGGGUUACAUACGGGUGGAGAGUCGUCUUGAUCGUCCCAAGGAUGUGUUUUGGAAUUACAUUUCUAAACGGAGGUUAUUAGAAAUGCCACCCUUGCAAUUAUUACGUACUAAGCAAGAACAAAGUAAUGACUUYGAUUGUACUCUCAAAGAUGUGGACAGUGAACCAGAAGAAAUACCUCCUUCACCAAAAACAUUCAAAAAACCUAAAGGAUAUCGUCAAAAGCGUUAUUCAACUCGAUCUGAAACCAAUGACUCAGUAUUUAAAGAUAAUGUAGUAUCAAAGCAUCGUCGAUCUUCUUCUAAGCAUUCAUUAGCACCUGUUUCUAAAAAUACUGAUUCUAAAAUCAAACCUAAACGUGCUAAAUCUACUUCCAGUCAACAACAUCGCAGUAGUUCUGUUGAAAAACGUAAUGACAAAAAAGAAUUUCGUUCUUCUUCUAAAAAACCUAACAAACGUCGUACAAAAUCUGAAUCUGCUAAAACUGUAACAUCGCCAGUAACAGUAACUGAGUCUAAAAGUUCUAAUGGUACACAAGCUGAUUCACCAGUUGUGUCCAUUGGAACUCCUAAAAAUAAACGUCGAUCUCGUCCAAAACAGUCCCGCAAACGUAUUAAUUCAGAUGAUAUUGAUAAACAAUCCAUUAAUCAAUCUUAUAAUAAAUAUAACUCUCGUAGUACUUCUCGUGCUACUAGGCGUGAUUAUAUUGAUCGUGAAGAUCAUGGUCGUGAUAUGUCUGUUGGGCGUAAAUUUCAAAGAGAUUAUAUACAUAGUCCAAGAAAAUAUUAUUCACAAAACUAUCGUCAGAACAGUUAUUCUCAAGAGCGGCAAUCUUAUCAUGGAAGCACAAGGUCAAAUAGCAGAACGCAUCAUCAUGAUUCGAAUAGGUCAGAUGUUAUGCAACAAAAUAGAUAUUCGAAUGGUCCAACUGUUCGUCCCACUAGAUAUUUCAACGGCCCUAUGGUACGCCAUAACUUUAAUGGACCAGAUACACGUCAAAAUGGUGGAAUCAAUCAUCAUGGCAUUCGUCAUAACAGUUACUCCAAUGAUCCAUUGUCUCGUCAAAAUAGUUUUUAUGAUGGAGUUAUUUCUCGUCGUAACAGCUAUUCUAAGGGUUCUGCAACUCGUCAAGAUAAUUACACCAAUUCUAGAGUUUUCCGUCCACCACAAUAUCGAAAUGGAAUGACAUCACAAUCAGAUGAGAGAGACUAUGUUCAAGAAUCAAGACCUCAUUAUAACAAUAACAACAAMAACCAAUAUGGUUACUACAACUCAAAUGAAAAACCAAAUUAUUCAAGAUCUUCUAGUGGUGAUGAAUUUGUACUCAAAGUUGGAAAUAUUGCAAAUAAUGUUAGAGUGCGUGAUUUGAAGGCUGCUUUAAUGGAACGUGGAGUUAAACCACUGCAUAUUACUUGGAGAGGUCCUAGAGGUUUUGCAUUUUUACGUUACAGUAAUUCUUCUAAUCUGGGUAAAGAUGACGUCAUGGGAUCAUUACAAAAUGUGCGUAUYAAGCCAAAUGGUAUUGAAACUGCUCAAACUCAGACACUUAUUGUUACUGAAUGCCAAUUUUCAUAAGUAAAAUUUUGACUUUCCUUUGAUUAAUUUACUUAAAAAAAAAAAAAUCAUUCUUAUUUUAAAUCUUUAAACAACUGAUAAUCUAUUUUGUAAAUGGUAUAACGAUUAUUUUAACUUCCAUUUUCUCUUUAUUUUAUUCUUCUUUUUUGUGCUUUAAUAUUAACAUAUUUUCUAGUUAAAAUUGUAUAGAAAGUUUUAUCAAAGCGUUUUUGAUGUUAACCUUUCCUUGAAAAAUUUAAGCACUAUUAUCUCAAAUUUAAUACUUUAGUUUGAUAAUUAGUUUUUGAAAUUAUAUUGUUCUUAACUUACAUAAGUACMUAUGUUCAUUUAUUUAGAACAACUUACUUAUUUUUAUUGUAAAGAAUUAUUAGGGAACA